AUAGAGGAAGGCAAAGUUGAGCUAGUGGAUAUUUUACUACAAGCAGGGGCGGAUGUAAAUCAAAGACCGGCCAAAUACAGAGGGGCCACAGCGUUGCAGCUCACAGCUAUUGGAGGAUACAUCAGGGUAGCCCGCAAGCUGUUAAACAGAGGCGCCAGUACAUCA